CAGAAAUUUUUAAGACAGUUGAAAUCGCCGACGCCUGAAAGCAGGUUUUGACUCCCUUGUACUUUUUUUCGGCGCUAAAUCUCCGAAACAAAUCGGAUGGCAGUCGUGCAUAAAAUAUUGUGUUAAUCCCAAGAAUUUAAGAACCCGUAGAAGUCUGAUGUUUUCAUAUGCUCACUUUUUUCAACUGUGAAUAGAUCGGAGUAGCAGUCGUAGGGAGAUUGGUUUGGUUCGCUUCAUUUUGAAAGAUUUCCGCUGUGGCAGGAUUUUGUAAAAUUUUUCUGCGGACUCUGCCCACUUAAAUUUUAUUGGCGUCGUUGUCAGCAUGACACAAUUUGUGCAGAAUCUUGAGAAUGUGUUACCACUGGAAACAAUAGAUAUACAAAAGGAAGCAAUUAAUUUGAAUGUCUCUCCUGGAGACCUCACUUUUGGGGACAAUGUUGACUGCGAUGAGGUAUCAUUGGAGGGUCUACAACAAGAAUUAGAAGAAUGCCGGAGUGAUGAGGUUGUUGCAAAUAUACUGGCCAAGGGCACUGAGUUACGUGAGUAUACAAAGGGUGUGGAGGAGAAUUUACGUCAAGUAGAGUUGGAAUCCAUUCAGGACUACAUAAAUGAGAGUGACAACCUGGUUUCACUUCAGGCUGAGAUACGUGAAUGUGAUGCAAUUCUAACACAAAUGGAAUCCCUUCUUGGGGGAUUUCAGGCAGAAAUAGGGUCAAUCAGCUCAGAAAUCAAGACUCUUCAGGAGAAAUCAAUGGGCAAGGGUUUGAGGCUAAGGAAUAGGAAGGUAGCUGAGCUGAAUUUAGCAAAGUUUAUUGAAGACAUUGUUGUUCCGCCAAAGAUGAUUGACACUAUUGUGGAAGGAGAGGUAAAUGAAGAAUAUGUGAAAACUUUACAAAUCUUAAGUAAGAAGUUGAAAUAUGUUGAAGUGGAUCCCAUGGCAAAGACAUCUGCAGCUUUAAAGGAUGUAGAACCAGAGCUAGAGAGGCUUCGUCAGAAAGCAGUUUCAAAGGGUUUUGAUUUUAUUGUUCAAAAACUUCAAGCUCUAAAGAAGCCUAAAACAAACAUUCAGAUCUUACAACAAAAUGUUCUACUCAAAUACAAGUAUAUUGCUGCAUUUCUUAAGGAACAUGGAAAAGAGGUCUACCAUGACGUUCGCUUAGCAUAUGUAGACACAUUGAACAGGGUACUCAGUGCACAUUUUCGUGCAUACAUACAAGCACUAGAGAAAUUGCAGCUAGAUAUAGCAUCUGCAAAUGACUUGAUUGGAAUUGAUACGAGGAGUACAAGCUUAUUUUCUAGAGCAAGGGAGCCAUUGAAGAACCGAUCAGCUGUGUUUGCAUUGGGUGACAGAUUCAAUAUUCUUAAGGAAAUCGAUCAGCCUGCAUUGAUCCCUCAUAUAGCUGAAGCAAGUGGAGCCAAAUAUCCAUAUGAAGUUCUUUUCCGAAGCCUGCACAAACUACUUAUGGAUACAGCUACUUCUGAGUAUCUGUUCAGCUACAAUUUCUUUGGAGAAGAUGCAAUUUUCUAUGAAAUAUUUUCAGGACCAUUUGCAGUAAUUGAUGAGCAUUUUAAUGCUAUUCUCCCCAAUUUCUUUGAUGCAAUCGGACUUAUGCUUAUGAUUCGUAUAACACACCAUCACCAGCUAAGCAUGUCAAGGCGCCGAAUUCCAUGUUUGGAUUCAUAUCUCGACAAGGUUAAUAUUUCUUUGUGGCCGCGUUUCAAAAUGGUUUUUGACAUGCAUUUAAGUAGUUUGCGUAAUGCAAAUGUGCGGACAUUAUGGGAAGAUGAUGUUCAUCCUCACUAUGUGAUGCGACGUUAUGCUGAAUUUACUGCUUCACUUCUUCAGCUCAAUGUCGAUUAUGGAGAUGGCCAGCUUGAAUUGAAUUUGGAACGCCUUCGUGUGGCUGUGGAUGACCUUUUAGUAAAGCUUGCUUGGAUGUUCAGCAAACCAAAGCAGCAAACAAUAUUUCUUAUUAAUAACUAUGACAUGGUUCUGGCUGUGUUAAAGGAAGCUGGUACAGAGGGAGGAAAGACUCAGCUGCAGUUUGAAGAAUUGCUCAAAGUCAACACAACAGUUUUUGUGGAAGAACUCUUGCUUGAGCACUUCAAAGAUUUGAUUCGAUUUGUGAAGACACGAGCUGUGGCAGGUGAAGAAGCAAGUUCUACUUCUGAAAGGCCUGUGACAGUUGAGGAAGUAGAACCUCUAGUUAAAGACUUUGCUAGCCGCUGGAAAGGAACCAUUGAACUUAUGCAUAGAGAUGUAAUUACAUCUUUCAGUAAUUUUCUUUGUGGUAUGGAGAUCUUGAAAGCUGCACUAACCCAGUUGUUACUAUACUACACCAGACUUUCAGAUUGCAUAAAGCGAAUAGGAGGGAGCUCAGCUCUGAACAAAGAACUUGUGUCAAUCUCCUCCAUUAUGUAUGAAAUAAAGAAGUAUUCUAGAACAUUUUGAUCUGUUGAACACCAUUCACAUGACUAAACCCAUGUAUCCUUCAUACUUAUUCAUAUCAUUUCUUCUAACAUUAAUAUUGCUAGAGUUCAGAGCUUCAUGGUUGAGUUUCCUCGAUUAUUGAAUGAAAUCUCUGUUUAUUAAACUGAUUGCCUCGGAUCAGCAAUUUGUUCUUGUCAUUGCUGUUUUAACAUAAGUUAAAAUUCUAAUUUCGCUAA